ACAUCUAUCAACACCCCAUAUACACCCGCGCGGCGCCGCAAAGAUGGCUGUCCAGACUUCCACCACAACCACCACGACGACCUCUACAUCUUAUUCGACCUCAAAUACCAGACGCGCCGGCCAAACUACGAUGCAACCCGCUGCCACGACCUCCCAGUCUGAGGCCAGCCAGGGCCAGUCACGCCACCACGCGCACCACACGGACGGCACCAUUCAGACCUUACACGAUGCUCCGAAGCAGCACGAUCUGCAACACGGCUACGGUGAAGACGAGGAGCAGCAUGCUCGUCACGCCGCCUUCGACCAUGUCGAGCAUUGGGGCCUCGACGAGAAGAGCGAGAAGAUCCUCUUCUACUCGUGGGCCACUGCGUCCUGGUGUCUCAACAUCGUCUCCGGAAUCCUCGGAUCUUACUUCAACACGAGACAUGUCAGCUUUAUCGUGACCGCCGCACUGUUUCAAUUCUGUAGCUGGGCUGCGUGGUGGCAGACUGCCACGCAGAUGGCCCAACGCGCCAGCUGGGUACGCGACGAGGCAAAUCUUCCGGACCGAAGGCGAUUUCUCUAUCUGGCUGUCAGGCUGAACAGCCUGAUGUGGCCUACCGCCGUUAUAUCGUUCUGUAUCUUCAUCGUGGGCUAUGUCCGGCGCCACUCAAUUCACGACGUCCCGCUCUGGCUGCUGUUCUUGCUGAUUUUCAUCUUCAACACCGUCGGCUGCGUUAUGAACGCCUACAACAAUAUCACCUGGGAAUCGGACCGACUCGAAUACGAAGAGGGCAGCACUGACUACAGCAAUACGCUACUCGCCAUCUUGGGCUUCCCGUCAAAGCCACAUAAAUCUGCUGAAUACGAUGAGUAAUACAAUUGUCGCAUUGUGUCUGCUUUUCGCUUUGGGUAUGCUGGGUCAAGGAACAAGUUCUCGGGGUUUGCUUGGUGGGAGUUGAAUGUUCACCUCUGUAUAGCCCGACCAUCGGGACAGUAUCGAUUGUAAUCUUCCACUGCCAUGUCUUGAAUAGUGCCCAAGCUGCACGUGACUUUCGUGUUUAGGC